CACAUCCUCGCAUCCGUAAUUACAACAAAAACUGUUUGUCUAAAAAAAUCUUAGUCAACAACACGCGACCCACACAUAAAUUCAUACAAACGGAAAUACCAUCAAGGCUUCCUCGACCAUGUCUGAAAACAUCCCCGAAUCCAUUCCCACUUCCGCAGACCCGCGCUCUAAGCGCCCCCUCAAACGUCGUGCAAUAUCCCCUCGUUCAGAAACUGCCUCUCAAAUCCACAAGUUGAUGUCCGCACCCGAACGGAAAAUCUCAGAGACAGGGGCUCCAGUGGUGAAGGUAUCAGGAACCGUCCCUGAAAUAGUGCAGAAUGUGCAAGGAAGUUCUGCUGGAGCUGGAUCGGGGGAGUUCCAUGUGUACAAGGCGAGUCGAAGAAGGGAAUAUGAGAGAUUGAAGGGGAUGGAUGAGGAGGUUAGAAGAGAAACGGAGGCGGAGGAAUGGGCGAGGGAAAAGAAGGAGAAGGAGGAGAAGGAUGCGGAGAAGACGAGGAAGGCUAGAGAGAAGAGGGAAAGGAAGAGACAGAAGAAAGGCGACAAGAGUGACACUUCUGGUGCUGGUGGUGCUGGGGCACAGGCAGGGAACAUCAAGCCUAGGAUUGAUGCGAAUGUCAGAGUAGAUGAUAAAAAUGAAGACGCUGGAACAGAAGUUGUUGGGGAAGCACAAGCACAAGUCGGCGUCAUCAUCCACGACGAUGAUUGACAGGCAUUCGACGGUACAUGAGCUCAAUUUUACCAGUCAUUUUCCAUUUCUGCA